CCGCGUCCUUCGUACCUUCAGAACUGUUCAAGUAUCUUAAGCAUGUCGUCUUUCUUGACUGGGUACACCCCUCCGAAGGCUCGCCUCGUCGACGACCUCAUACCGCUCAUCCUCGAAAGCAGCGACUCGUGGUGGUCAUGCGACUACGCUCGCCUCAUGCGCGUUUCGCCUGCUUGGGCAAGCUUCGUACGAACGCGUCUCUACGCCCGUCCUCAACUACAUACCUUCGACGCGUGCACGCUUCUCGCGCGAACAAUACGCGAGAACCCUGGAAUUGCGUCGUUCAUUACGGGACUUGAUCUAUGUCCAGUCCCUGUCGAGGAUAGUUAUCUCAUCCGCAUUGAUAUUUCGAGCAUACGCACACUGUUCAGUGUGGAGGGCCUUCGAUUUGUGGCACUCAGACAGGAGCUUGCUGUUGACGCGGAGAGGUUCUUGCGUUGCCUCGCGCGUCCAGAGACUUUGGAGGAAUUGAUUAUCGAUGGCCAUUCCUUCGAUUUUAUGAGCGGAUGGGAUCCCCUCUACCUACGCAAGCCAGCACGCCUUCGCUGGGACCAAGAGAUGACCUCCAAGUUCCCGAACCUUUGUCGUCUUCGUGUUUCCCACGCCGAACUCUCCAUUCCCUAUAAAAGCCCAAUCCACCGCCUUCAACUUACUCAUCUCGAUCUCGACAAAGUCACCAUAGUACAGGGACAGCUCCACAAUCUCUCCACAUCCUGGGACGAGCUACAAUCUCUGGACAUUAUUGCGCUAGCCGACAUAGACCUCCACCGUCAUCUCCCACUCCUCCUUUCCUCAUGCUGUUCCUCCCUUCGUAGCCUUCAUAUCCAAGUUUUGGGAACGCAUUGCGAGGACCUCAUCUUUUCCGACACCACCGCCGCUACGUCAGCUAUGUCCUUUCCUUCUCUACUUGAGGUACGACUCAGCGGUAUCGAUGCGAGCGCACACACGCUGCAGUGUAUUGAGAAGUGGUGCCCAAAACUGGAGGUUUUUGUGGUGCUGGGGAGAAAGGUGAGAGUGGCGCCACUGGAAUGGGUAGCGUUUUUAGCAAGCGGGGCGUUACCCAGCUUGCAGGGAUUCAAAGCUCCUGGAGGAACGGGAAGGGAGGCAACCCAGAAAUGGACAGAAGAGGAAGAAAAAAGAGUCAUGGACGCGUGCGUUGAGAGGCAGGUUACGUGUUACUAAAGAGAUUGUGUCGUUAGUGGUGACUUGGUGUGGUUGUUGUUUGUGGUCUGUCCACCGAGUCCCUUUCAUCUCUUGCUCUCGGCUUAUGAUCCCCGUUGACUCUAUAAUUACGACAGUGUCCGCUAAUUCAUUUGGAUCAUCCGCAGUCCCGAGCUGCUCGACUGCUUGUCCCCUUUUAUAUCCAUCUCGUAUGCGCAUGUACAUUACUUUCGACGUGGCGCCACAGUGGCGCUCUAUGGAAUGCACCUA